CUCAAGUCUACCAAAUCUCAACCUGUGUAAUUGCUACCUGCAGCUAGUGGUCAGUAUGUCACGAGUGCGCAUUGCUCUCAAUAGCGCACCUUCCAAACAGUCCUGCCAAUCCGCCUGCCGAACGUUCCGCUCCUCCAGCUACCAUACGCAUCGCGAUCUUCCCCUCCCCCUCCAAUCCCGCAUCCGCUGGUCGUACUUCUGGUACGCCAGUAUCCUCGCUCUAGGCAUCACAACCGGUCUAGGUGCUCGCCACUUUGCCGCGCCUCUCGGUCUCCCAGAGCCCGGCUCAAGAGAAGACGAAAUAAUCCUCGACUCUCUGCGGCGCGACAUCGAUGCUCUCGAAAUCGUGCAAUCCUUGCGUUCUCAAUCAUACAACCUACACACCGACACAGCGCUCCGGUCAGGGCCAGGAUUGACGUCCUCUCCUCCUGGAUCGAGCCGAAAGAUAUCAGCAUACAAAGGGUGGCUGGAGCUGGAUCUGGACUUUGGGAGAGAGAAUGCAGGCAAGAAAGGUAUAUUGGGCGUCAUGAGUGGGACGCGGGGAUUGGGUGUACAAAGAGCGUUUUGGAACGCCGAGACAAGAGAGAUGGUGGCUGUGGUCUGGAUAGGAGGAGGAAUGAGUGGGUGGCCCGGUGUUGCGCAUGGCGGGGCUAUCGCAACCGUUUUUGAAGAGAUAAUGGCGAGGAUGGUCAGAGGGCCAGAUGGCAUUGUGGAGCCAGUUCACCGUCCAGACUCUCUCAGCCUAACCUACGCCAAACCGACCUACAGCCUCGACUUCUACGUCCUCCGCGCCUCCUUCUCAAAACCUGACCUUCCUCAAUCCGAGCCGCCGCCUGAACCUGAAGCGGAACCUACAAAGAGUUGGUUGGGAUGGCUGUCACCACAGAAGGAUCUGACGAAGAAGACCGACGCGUCGAGACAGAAACAGGAGAUUGUUGCGACGCUGGAGAGUGUCGGCGGAGACCUUUGUGUCAAGGCUAAGGGCACGUUCAAUGGAAGUAGCCCUGUCGUCUGAGGGGUUGCGGUGGCCUCGUACUAGUGAUGAGAUGAGAGAAGGCCCUACAUCAACGGAAGGGAGACUUGAUAGGAUACUUGAGAAUCGACAUGCAAGCUGAGAUACCCAAUAGCGAAAUGAUCAGAUCAAACAGGUUACAAGAAAUGGGAUGAUACCUGGGCUCGCGCGUCUGACAAAGCAAGAUACAUCGCUCCUUGCUGCAAAAAGAGAUGGAUGUCACUGGCAUGGGCAAAAAGAAACAAAACAUACAACAGCGG